AUGAAGAAAAAAAUUGUGAUUGAUCUUCCUGUCAACAAUGAUAAAUGUAGAUCAAAAGCUAUGCAAAUUGCUGUUAGAAGUCCAGGGGUGAUAUCAGUGAAUAUAGAUAAGGAAAAAGGUCAUUUGGUGGUAAUAGGAAUUGGUGUCGAUUUCUUUAGGUUGAUGCAUUGCAUAAGAAGGAAAUUCAAGUGUUCUCGAAUUGUGAGUAUUGAAGAAGUAAAACAAGAAGAAAAAAAGCCUGAACCCUCUAAACCUAAGAAUCCUUGUACUUGUCCUUCAACAUGCAAUCCAUGUGUGCAAUACUAUCCAAUAUGUCAACCCGUUUAUGACACUUACGAUAAUUCAAAUUGCUCUAUUAUGUGAUAUAUUGGGCAUAGAUCGAACUAGAGAGAAAGCUACGAGUUUUAUAAUAAGAUUUUAAGGAUAAUGUCCAACUACCCCUCCAUCUAUGCCCGAAAUCUCAGAGACACACUUAUACUAUAUUAAGGUC